AUGGCUCCUCAAAAGAGGAAAGCUGUCGACGAUUUCGUCUAUACGAUAUCGGACGACGAGGGCGACGUCGUCGAAGCUGCCACCGAGACUGCUCCGCCGAAAAAGAAGAACAAGAAGGCCCGGGCACCCGACGACAGCGGUGUAUGGGGCCAGAACGAGGAAGACGAUGGCGCCAUGGCGUCCGACUUCGAGUUCCUGGGCGACGCUGCCGACACGCUCGUCGACUUUGACGGCGACUGGGGGUUCGACGGCGCCAAGAAGGGACUGACGGAGAGGACAGACGUUCUCGACGGCAUCAUCAGCAGGCGGCGGAAGGGGGCAGACACCGAAGAUGGUGAUGCGACUGUUCAAGACGACGCCGCGGAGGACGACGAGCAAGAAGAAGAUGACGAGGAUGACGAGGAUGUCGAUCUCGACGAUGACGACGACGAGGUUCUUGCAGCCGAUGCUUUCGGUAUGGGUGCCCAGGACGAGGAUGAGGAAGAGGAGGAUGAGCACAUGGAAGAUGGCGAGGAUGAAGAGGACGCCUCGGAUCACGAGUCUGUCGCAACAGCCAAUGAGCACCCCGAGGAUGCCGCGGAGGCCAAUUCCAGUGACGAAGAUGAAGAAGAUGAAGAGGAGCUCGCCAGGCAAAAGGAGUUUUUCGCUCCCGAGGAGACGGUCAAGCCCGGCAAGAAGGGCGCCACCACAUCUUUCCAGAGCAUGAACCUUUCUCGACCCAUCCUCCGUGGUGUCGCCGCCGUCGGCUUCUCCAAUCCUACCCCGAUUCAGGCAAAGACCGUGCCCAUAGCUCUCAUGGGCAAGGAUGUCGUGGGCGGUGCGGUUACUGGUUCCGGAAAGACGGCCGCAUUCCUCAUCCCCAUCCUCGAGCGUCUGCUCUAUCGCCCCAAGAAGGUCCCUACUAGCCGCGUCGUGAUCCUUACCCCGACGCGUGAGUUGGCGAUUCAGUGCCACUCCGUUGCUACGAAGCUGGCCAGCUAUACGGACAUCAAGUUCUGUCUGGCUGUGGGUGGUCUGAGUCUCAAGAUGCAGGAGGCCGAGCUGCGCCUGCGCCCGGAUGUCAUCAUUGCUACGCCCGGUCGUUUCAUCGACCACAUGAGGAACUCUGCUUCCUUUGCAGUGGAGACUGUUGAGAUCCUCGUGCUGGAUGAGGCUGAUAGGAUGUUGGAAGACGGGUUCGCGGACGAGCUCAACGAGAUUCUGAACACUAUCCCCAAGUCUCGCCAGACUAUGCUCUUCUCUGCUACUAUGACAUCGUCGGUCGACAAGCUUAUUCGUGCCGGACUGAACAAGCCUGCUCGGGUGAUGGUCGACUCGCAGAAGAAGACUGUCGGAACCCUUGUGCAGGAGUUCAUUCGGUUGCGGCCCGGCCGCGAGGAUAAGCGCAUGGGUUACCUCGUCCAUCUUUGCCAGAAGCUGUACACGGAGCGCGUCAUUAUCUUCUUCCGGCAAAAGAAGAUUGCUCAUCGCGUUCGUAUUGUAUUCGGCCUCCUGGGCAUGAACUGUGCGGAGCUGCACGGUAGCAUGAAUCAGGCGCAGCGUAUAGCUAGCGUGGAAGCUUUCCGUGAUGGCAAGGUCAACUUCCUCCUGGCUACCGAUCUGGCCUCUCGUGGUCUCGAUAUCAAGGGCGUCGACACGGUCAUCAACUACGAAGCUCCCCAGUCACUGGAGAUCUACGUUCACAGAGUAGGUCGUACCGCCCGUGCCGGCCGCAGUGGUGUGGCCGUGACGUUAGCCGCCGAGCCCGACCGCAAAGUCGUCAAGGCCGCCGUCAAGGCCGGCAAGGCACAGGGCGCCAAGAUCGCAAGCCGUGUCGUCGAGGCCGCCGAGGCGGACAAGUGGCAGGCGAAAGUGGACGAGAUGGACGACGAGAUCGAGGAGAUCCUGGUCGAGGAGAAGCAGGAGAAGCAGAUGGCGCAGAUGGAGAUGCAGGUCAAGAAGGGCGAGAACCUGAUCAAGCACGAGGACGAGAUCAAGUCGCGGCCCAAGCGCACGUGGUUCGAGUCGGAGAAGGACAAGAAGAAGGCCAAGGAGGCCGGCAGGGCGCAGCUCAACGGCGGGAAGGACGACAAGCUGCAGAAGAUGAGGGACACGCUCAAGAUGAAGAACGACGGCAAGCUCAGCAACAAGGACCGCAAGAAGCUCGACUCGCGCGCCGAGAGGGUCGGCGGCGGGGGCGGCAUCGUGCUCAAGAAGACCGAGGGCGACCGCGCGGGCCAGGGCCCGGCGCUGCAGCACAAGCACCGCAAGGGCAUGGGCGCCGCCGGCAAGGCUGGGGGCAAGGGCGGGAAGAAGGGAGGCGGUCCCAAGGGCAAGAGGAGGUAG